AAGUGUGUGACCUUGAACUCGUCCCAGCAGAGGAUGUGGACCACUAUAUAAACGGCUGAGACAAUUCCUCGCCAUCAAACAUCAGCCAUGUCUCUCAAGGUGAUCCUCGCAGCGUGUGUGGCCGUGGUGGCUCUGGCCGAUAAGGCUCCCGUGCACCAUCUGCCACCUGUUUACGCCGCACCCACGUACCACGCUCCCGAACCCGUGUACCAUGCGCCAGCCCACUACAACGAGCCUGAAUACCCCACCGUACCACCGAAGUACAACUACAACUACGGUGUCGCUGACGGUUACUCCGGCGCCAACUUCGGCCACACUGAGUCCCGCGACGGCUACAAGACCGAGGGCACCUACAGCGUCGACCUCCCCGACGCCGCAAAGCAGAUCGUCAGUACGUGGGACAACGGCUCACGGUCUAAUAUAUCUGAGGUCAUCUACGAAGGCGAGGCUCAGUACCCCGAGUACACACCCACCUACAAGCCCGCUCCCUACCACGCUGCCCCUAAGUACCCCGUGUACUAAGGCUGUACGUUCAGAGUCAGAUAUCUGCUAGACUUUCACAUCUGAUGUCUAUUCUAUGUACAGCUAGAUGAAAACUGCAUGGGUGGUUAAAUAUGUGAUACUACAUAAAUAUUUUUUUAUAAUAAAAUAUAUAAAAGUUA